GGCGCGGAGUCGCUGCUCACUGCAUCUCCAAGUCCAGCCUCGGAGCGAGCCUUGAUUAUUUUAUCACCGCAAUUCAUCCGUGCACGAUCUCCUAGAUUUUGCAUGAAGUACCCCAGAUUCCAUAUCAGAUCUCCCUGAGCAUUUACGCUGGUUCCAAGUUACUGGUCCGGGCAGUUGCGCCCCUUCUCUUCGACAUGCGUCUGCAACUCCUGAUCCAGCGGCAUGCGUUCCCACCCGUACACAUUAUAUACACAACGGGCGCCGGCCCCGCAUCACACACACGAUCCCGAGACAGCACGAUCGCAGACCUUCUGAACGAUGUAAACGACAUAGUACCUCUUGAGUCGGCGGAUGGCGAGUGGGGACUGGAGGACUACGCUGUCGAAGUUGCUGCGACCGCGGACCAGUCUUCACUUUACGAAUGCCUACACUAUCAAACAUGCGAGUCCGUGCUGAGGGAAGAUGACGAAGUCAUCAUACGGGCUUUGACCUCGGAAGAUUUGAGGGUCAGAAGAUUAGGCGGGAGACACCAGAUCACCGGGGACGGCAGGCACCUCGUCGACGGCAUACCUUUUGGGAAACAGUGGCUGAGAAGGACAAAUAGGCCUGGGAUCGUCAUACCGCCGAGGAAGAAGAGAAGAUUACUUGCGGAAGAGCCGAAUUCGGACGACGACGAGAAGGUGAAGCAGAUUCUUCCGGCAGAGUCGGAGGAAGACUACACUGGUGCUUUGGUCCCUUUCAUUAGUGACGACGAGGAAGAGGACGAAGAUGACGAAGAAGAUGAGGAUUUCGUGGAAGAGGAGGAGCCUGACCAAGUCACUCUCAGAGAAGACUUUGACGAUGCGGAUGCCGAGUCGGAUCAUGACGAAGAGGAAGCUGGUGAUGGUCUCGACGACGAAGUAAAAGUUCUUCUCCGAGAUGCUGAAGACAUCGCAAGUGCCGGCGGCGGUGCUGCGGCUCGGAGUGUCUUUGAACGGAGACUGAAAAGAAAACGUGACAUUGACGAUGAAGGACAACCGUAUGAAGACGACACAUUCGAGGGCUUUUCGACGCCGGCCAAGAGUCCCAGGAAAGGCAUUAUUGACAACGAUGAUAAGGCGAGCGCCGACUCUGACGAAGACAGUAUGAUGGCAGACAUUGCGACCCGUCAAGCAGAGAAACGUGCAUUGAAUGUUGUGGACGAUGACGAAGAUUUAGACGAAGACGAAGAAGACUCGGACUUCAACUCACUCGACUCGAACACUGGCGAGGAUAGAAGAGCACCUACAAAGGACGAAAAGGAUGAAGAGCCCGACACGGACUCCAGCUCGGAUGUCGAGACCUCUUCUUCUGGUUCCGAGGCCGACAGCAUGUUGGACAAGCUGGCCAUGGAGCAAGCAAAAAAGCGAGCGUUGAAUCUUGUGAAUGCUUCUGGGAGUGACUUGCUAGAAGACUCUGAAGCCGAUGAGGACUUCUCAACUCCUCAAGCAGAAGAAGUCGCACAGCAAGUCGUUGAUGGAACAUCGAGCUCUAGCUCUGAGUCAGACACUAGCUCUGAGUCUGAAGAGGACAGCGAAUCUGAUUCAGAAUUGUCGGAGUCUGAUUCAGAGUCUGAGGACGAUGAAGAGAAGGGCCGAGAAGGACGCAAGGCUGUCCCUGACUCUCUGCCUGCUCCACUACCUACAACCAAGGUCUCUGCAACUGAUCUUCAAUUCAAUCAAAGCCCGGCAACCUCUGCGCCUGGUCAAGGCAUGGCCAGAACCCAUAGAAACAACGACCGCGUCAAGAAGAGGAAGAGACUGGAAGCUCUCAAGAUGCAAGGCUUGCUGCCGGCAAACGCGGAUUUCAAAGCAUUGGCAGAAUACGACGAGCAAGGACAAAACCAAGGCGCCGUGGAUGUUGAUCAAGCUGAAGCCGCAGUCAAUGAGCCAGAAGUUGAACGCAACGUCGUUGCCGAGACUAUUGUUGAUGCAGAAAUGACAGGUCCGGACGAGACAGCAGACAUCACCACACACGAAGUUGUCGAUGACAAAAGAGUUGAAGACAUUGGAAUGACGGCCAACCUGAUCGUGGCUUGUUCUGCCGAAGUACCUAAAACGGCUCCUAAUAAAGAGGCGGGGACUGUUACAGAGCCGGCGCCAAAGAGAGCUAGACUCGACCUGGCCAGCUCUCGAAGGAUGCUCUUCUCGUCACUCGGUCUGAGAACCCCCAAGACACCCGAGGCGGAGCAAGCGCUUAGGGAAAAGUUGUCCAAGUCUAUUCGACCGACUAAACAGGUUGCCGGCCCGAUCAACGGCGUCGAAUCCUCCACAGGCCAGCCUCAUGCUCUGAUGGAGGACGAGGACUCUUGGAAGGACAAGUUAGUCGUGUCAGCUGUGGAGUGUGAAGAGUACGUUGGGCCCAUGGAGCCACCACCAUUUCCGUUCAAGCAGGGUUGGACCAAACCUGCAAGGGAUGGGAACAAAAAAAAGCGUCAGUCGCGUGACCAAAGUCAAUACUACCAAAGUCGAGACGAGCAGGAUCCAACCAGCAAUGACCAGGAUUUCGCACCCGACGUUUCCACACUAGGCACUGACGAGGAGACGAAGCCGACGCCGAACACUGGCACUAAGGCUCCAGAGACGGCCAGCACAACACCCAGUGGCAUCUCACUGCCCACUGACUUUCAGACUCUUCCGGCAUUGACUCAAGAGAAUAUACGCCCUGGUGCGGUUAUUGCUUAUCAAGAGCUCCACGUGGACGCCUCUACGAGUUGGCAACCAGAGAUAUCGACGUACCGUGUGGGAGAUAUUUCACAUCUUGAUCAGGAUGGGACCAUCCAUGUAAAACUGGAUCCGAGUUCUUUGAAGCCCAAACUCGAGGUAUCGACUGAAGACACAGAAGAGUCAAAGACGUAUGGAUUCGAACUUGAAGGUGAGGAUAAAAGUCAAGAGGAUGAUGGGAUCCGUGAGAUCCAGUUCUCGGAUAUGAUCUCCGCCAAGCUUGUCAAGGCUUCUUCGGUCGAGGUCCCCGAGAGCAGCCACGUGAAUGGAGUCGGGCUUCGAGGUGGCGACGCUUCAGCCUCUUCGAAUGGCGAUCACUUUGCGGUCAUCCCUGAAUCUGCUGAGCAGGAUAGCACAUCGCAAGCACCGAUACAGCCACAGAUCUCUGUUGAAGAUAUUGCGACACCUCGUAGAAAUGAGAUCAGCGUCAUUAUCAAGGAGGCUGGAUUCAACUCAGCCUUGGACGAGCAAUUGCUACAACCAAACAUGAACAGUACGCAAUUCCGGCAAUCUGCCAGUGCUUCAGGCGAGGUGGACGAAGGAACAACGUACACGUCUCGGAAGAGGUCUCCCUUGCUUGAUUUUGUGCCGUCAGAGGAUCAGCAAUCGUCCGUGGUGGACGAGAAUGAUUGGCAUCUUCACGAGGAGGGUCCCGACGCCAACUUUGAUUCAGAACCGCCCAUUUCAUCACCUUAUGUGCACACCCAGGAAAGUGUGGAAUAUCCUCACAUAUCUCAGAUGGCGCUCAACUCCUCAGGCGUCGUUCAAACUAAUACUAGCAGCUCCCACCAAGACGCACAAAAGUUGCCGCUCACUCCUGUUGUAGACUUGGCUUUCACCAUUUCCGCGCAAGAGACGUCUGUGAGUCAAGCUGCAGAAAACGAAGUUGAACUUGAAACGAAGAGCGAACUUGUAGACGAGGAAGAAAGUGAAGAUCAGGGCAAUGCGAGCGGAGAAGAUGAACCUGAUGAUGAUAGCGAAUAUCAGGAUUCAUCAGCACCUUUGAAGUCUGAGGUAUCCCAGUCGCAGUUACUGGAUGCUUAUGAAGGGAUCAGCCAAGAACCCCGGUCGCAAAGAGACAGCUCUUUUUUAGGCGGACUUGGUCACGAUGGUCACGACUCCUCGUACCAUGACGACGAUGAUGACGAAGAUGUUGAUGGAAAUAGUGACAACAACAGCGACGAUCUACCAUCAUUGCGCGAGUUGACUUCAAGUCAGCAGGUUCGUGUUCAGACUCGCUCAAUUUCGAAGAAGGUAUCGCCUCCGGCGACAAGAAAAUCACGCCGCAAGUCGGACAGAAUCAAAAGCUCCACUCCACCGAGCAGUCCCGAACUUCCACCUUCUAGCCAGCCAGAGCCGAAACUGUCUCAGAGCGAGGAGCCUCGAAUGUCACAGAUCCCAAUUGGAUCGAAGAUUGUCGAUCUGACACAGUCCAGUGACGGGAGUAGUCCCAUCAAAGGAGACGACGGUUUCUACAGCACGAAGACGAGAACCAGAGCGCAAGUCAAUGGACACAGGAACUCGCAGGGAUCAGCGGCGAGGAAAGUCAGUGGUUUGGGAACAAAAAGACUGCUUACGACCAAGAAGUCGAGAAAUUAUUUCUGAAUCGUGGGGGGUUGUGUAGGGCUGUGUAGAGGGCUGGGUUGGACUUUAACGUGACAAGUCCUGGCUAUCGAUAUGAGCUAGGUUGACAUUUGUGAUACCCAUGGCUCUUGAGGGCCUGACUGUUCUACACAAAUCAAAAGAAUAGAUGUAUGCGAUCCGUUGUAAGGAACAUGAAGCACCACAAUUCAACCUUUGUUUAGUAAGCAAGGCUGAGG